AUGACAAUCCAGCUUCCAGACAAUCUGGGUCUACACUCUAUGAGCAAUGAGCCUGACCCUACACCUGUGGUAGCUGCCAAUGUCACUGGAAGUGUGGAUGCCAAUGGAGUCUGUCAGUGUACCGUCUAUCUUCCUGACACUACCUUCCCAGCAGACAGAGUGGAACACCUUGAAAUUCUGGCAUCCUCUUUGUUGAUUAGUGUGGAAAACGAAAUCCAAAAGAUCCUUGAAUAUACCACCAAAAUAUUAAUUUAUGAAAGUCACCUUCAAAACCUCACCUUGAGAGUGGAGUUCAUGGAAAACAGUGACAUUUCCUUCACUGAAUUAGACUUUGAAUUGGUGAAAGUGGAAAUCCAGGAGCUGGAGGUCCUGAUCUCUCAGUUGAAGGGCAGUUUGAAUGGCAGCAAUGUGAUCAUUGAACAGCUGUUUGUUAAGAUUCACAACAUGUCACUGACAAUAAAUCACCUGGAGAAGCUAGACAAAAACAACAUUCUUAUAAUUCGUCGUGAAAUUAUUGCAUUGAGGAAACAGCUGAAGGAAUGUGAAGAAGCCAAAAAUCAAACGAAGCCCAUUCCAACACAGCCCCCCAUUAUUCAUGGAAGCUGCGAUCAUGGCCCUCUUUUGAAUAUUAGUGAGCCACUCAUUGUUCAGCUGAACUGGAGAGGAUUUGGAUACAAAGCUGGUGCCUGGGGAAGAGAUCCUGCGCCCGUCCCCCCAAAAAAGGACCUCUACUGGCAAGCACCUCUAACGGAUGGGAGAUACAUGGACUAUUAUAGACAGUAUGAGUCCUUUGAUGAUUUACUGCUGUACAAAAACCCCAAAGAGUACCAACUUGGCAGUGGUCAUUUGGCUCAAGGCAGUGGCAUGGUGGUGUAUAAAAAUAAUUUGUACUACAACUUGUAUAAUUCAAGAAAUAUUGGUAAAGUUGACAUCAACACAAAUGGUAUUGUGUUAACGAAAGACCUCCCAGGUGCAGCCUUCAAUAACAGGUUUUCAUAUUCGGGAUCACCCUGGCAGGAUAUUGAUCUGGCUGUGGAUGAAAGUGGUCUGUGGGCAAUAUAUGCAACUGAAGAAAGCACGGGGAACAUUGUGAUCAGUAAGCUUAAUGAAACAACACUUAAUGUUGAGAAAACCUGGGUGACACAACAGUAUAAACCGACUGCCAGCAAUGCUUUCAUUGUUUGUGGAGUUCUCUAUGUAACCAAGACUGUAACAACUAGACAUGAAGAGAUAUUUUACAUGUAUGACACCAAGACAAACCAAGACACCAAAAUUAGCAUACCGUUUAAAAAGAUGAUGGAAUACAUGCACGGUGUCAAUUACAAUCCACCAGACCAUAAGUUAUAUGUUUAUAAUGAUGGCUAUCUGAUCAAUUAUGAUCUCAGCUUUUAUCCAAAAAAUACCAACCCAUAAAUGAGCAACUGUUUAAAAUAACCCCUUUGAAUCAAUCCCCUCAGCAGAACAAUGCUUAGCAUCCUUAAAUACAAUUAAAAAAGUAAUCACCAAUACAUUAUAAAACCCUUUUCCUUUUUUCAUAUGCUACAAAUCCCAGGUAAAUCAACAGGUGUAAUGGUUGGC